AUGACAUUUGUGUCCUAAUUGUAACCUUACCAGAUGUGUUAUUAUUAUUAUGAUUUGCUUCUAUCUUUGUUCUUUAGAGAUUCGACCUUCUCUUGUAUUAUACUUUCUAAUUUAUUCAUAACUCGGGUAAUUUUUUGAAGUGAGUGCCGUGGUCGCAAAAGCUUCUCCUUCUUUUACAAGCUCACUGGUCUACCAUCGACGGCACGUGAAUCAACCUUGGUUUUAAUAUCUUUCAGGGGGUCGAUGAGUUCAUCGAGCGAGAUCUCUUUCCCACCUUACGAAGUCGUUCCUGCUACUCGGCCUAUCAUCGUCAUCGGGCCUUCGCUCCGAGGAUACGAGGUUACUGAUCUUAUGCAUAGAGCUCUCUACAACUUUUUGAAGAAGAGAUUUAGUGGAAAAAUAUCAGUGUAUAGAACUCAUGCAGACAUUGGUUUGUCAAAGCGAUCAAAGAAUAAUCCCUCAGAGAAAGAAAGAUUUAAUAUCACAAAGACAGGAGGUCCACGAAUGACAGCCGAAGUGCAGAAAGAAGUAGAGCGUAUAUAUGAAUUAACAAAGGGUCUUAACAUGGUUGUGAUCGACUGCGAUGCCAUCAAUCAUCCGUCCCAGCUAUUGGACUGCUCGCUGGCGCCAAUCGCUGUAUACAUCAAAAUGGAACCACAGAUUCUGGAAAAACUUGUCAAGCUACGCGGAUCUAAACGAAAAAACCUUGGUGCUCAAGUCGUUGCUGCUCAGAAGUUGGCACAGUGUAACGAGGAAAUGUUUGACUUGGUUCUUGAUGAGGCCAUCUUUGAGGACGCUUGCGAGCACCUAGGGGAGUUUUUAGACCAGUAUUGGAGGGACCUGCACCCGAAUGAUUGUGAGGACGGAGCAGCGUCUUUAUCAGAGAAGAUGCCUCUGCUCCAGGGACCCAGUCGAGUUCCUGCUUUAAAGGGCGCACAGGGUUUAGCCAAAAGCCAGCAAGGACAGUCACCUCUACAGAGUGUCGCUGGUGGAAAACAAGGCUCUCCAUUGAAAGGUGCACAGCAACAAGGUGGACAGAGGGAGAGACAAGGCACCAGUGGCUCUCAAACAAACCAAAGGAAAAUAGCGGUGAGUGGCAAUGCGCCAGAUUUUGGUAAGAAACUCCAUGAAGCUUUCCAGAGUUCGCAGUCUCAUAAAACCUCUGAGCCCGAGUAUCAAUCAAGUUACGGUCAAGAACCACCCUACGAUCAACAUCAACAACUUCAGCAACAGUACUAUGGCCAGGGGGAGCAUUACGAGCAGGAGCAACAUUAUGGGUCGGAAAUGUACGGGCACCAACAAGGUUACACUACUGAACCCUAUCACCAGGGGUACCAACAGCAGUAUAGUCAUGACGGCCAUUACGGCUAUGAACAAUAUGGGCAGGACCCUAAUCAGGGGUACUCUCACGGGUAUGAGAACCAGUACCCUGACUCCUAUUACAACAGGGAUGUCAGUAUGGGGUACCAACAGCAAUACAGACAUGAAAUGGAUAGUCCUUAUCAACAACAACAACAACAACAACAGCAAGAGUGGUAUGGUGACUCAAGCAACUAUUACGGAGGAGAUGGCUACUAUCAGUAAUAUAUUAUUGUAGAACAGUGUCAGAUCAACAGCGAACACUCUCAAUUUAACCACUGAAUUAAAAUUUGAUAGCCUACCGAGCUAUUUGUAGAGAAUUUGCAAUACCUGAAACCAAUUCAAGGACAAUACUUUCGAGACUUUCUUGAUCAAAAUUGCAAGUUUUGUAUUUGCUUCAGCAUGAUCUUUUCUUAUCAUGCACAGCAGUCUCGUGUUUCUCACGUGAUGCAAAAUGAGAUGACACUUGCAUGCUUUAUAGCACUUAAUUGACGGCAUGAAAUCACACUUGACAAAGUUAUAGCAGGACAGUUUAUAAAAUCAAUGUUGAUGGCAUUUCCAUCAAAGCAGAGAACUUGUUUAGCUGCCAAAAUAUGCUUGCUAAAGAGUUGUCUUAGCUACUCUGGGAGAACUUCACAAAUGUAUACAAUGUAUGACUUGAUUAUCCCAAGAAAAGAAAGAAGUUCACUGUUUUGAUCACAUUUUAGACUAGUUAUCUCAAACUUAAAUCCCAAUAACUAGGAUGAAAACCAUGGACAAGUCAUUUUUGACUUGCUACACACAGUAAAUUUUGUUAGCUCUAGCUGGUCUUAUUUAUGUGUAACUAACCUAGAAUGAAUUAAUCCCUAUAAAACUAUGCUGAGCCAAACUCUCUUAUCACAAAAUAGGGUUGUAAAAAAUAUUAGAAGAGUAGGCAGCACUACAGGUUGAAGGUCUCUCUACAGGCAUGUGCUUUGGGAGCUGCAAGACCUCAAAGAAUUCAGAAUGGCUGGCUCAUUUUUCAGAGUAGACCAUGAAGUACACUGGUUGCCCUAUUAUUUCAACAACCGUGAAAGAGUAAUCUGUAGUGUUAAAUAGCCAAAAAUAUUCAGGAGAUUUUUGAAUGUAUAGAACUUACAAUUUGAACUGAAGAGUAAGGACCAGUGCACUGCUACAGAUGAAAACCCUAUUCUGUCUGACUUAAAAAAAUCAGAAUUUUAGUUUACUGAAUAAAAAUCAAUGGCCAGUCUCACACUGCAACAUUUUUUUCAAUCAUUUGCUUUGAACAAUUGAGUAGGAUGGAUCAUACAACAAAUAAUGUUGUCCCAUUAAUUUUGUUAAAUAGCUUUAUAAAAUAAAAUUUUGUAUUUCAAAAAUAAA